AUGGCAUCCCUCCCCGCCGGAAGCUGCUGUUACCAAGGCGUCAAGCACGAAGGUGAAGCCAAGGGUAGCUUCUCGCAGCUCAAUGAUUUCGAGAUCUACACCAGCUCUCCUGCUGACAAGUCCACCGAGAAUGGUGUCUUGGUUAUUACGGACGUGAUCGGCCACCGCUUCAUCAACGCUCAGCUCAUUGCCGACCAGUUUGCCGCCAAUGGCUACUUCGUCAUGAUGCCUGACCUCUUCGACAACGACGCCAUCCCGCUCAACCGCCCCGAAGGUUUCGAUCUCAUGGCAUGGAAGGGUGGUGCAUACCACAAGGACAAGAAGCCCCAUACUCCCGAGGUCGUCGACCCCAUUAUCGAAGCAUGCAUCAAGGAGAUGAGAACUAAGUAUGGAUGCAAGAAAAUCGGUGCCGUCGGCUACUGCUUCGGUGGAAAGUACGUUGUGCGCCAUUUGCGCCCCGGCCAGAUCGAUGCUGGAUAUACCGCCCACCCUUCCUUCGUCGAGUCGGAGGAACUGAAAGCCAUCAAGGGCCCUCUGGCUAUUGCUGCCGCGGAAACGGAUGCAAUCUUCCCCGCCGAAAAGCGCCAUGAAUCUGAAGAGAUCCUCAAGGCCUUGGGCCUCCCUUACCAGCUUAACCUCUAUAGCGGUGUGGCGCACGGCUUUGCUGUCCGGGGAGACCCUGCCAACCGGACGGUGCAGUAUGCUAAGGAGAACGCUUUCUUGCAGGCUGUUCAAUGGUUCAAGGAGCACUUGUAG